CCUCGCAGUCAAGCAUGUCAAGCAGACACUGGAACAGGUAAUACCUCAGUCUCAGGAAACCUGUCGGGUGGGAUGACUGCGCUGCAAAUAAAGAAUGACAAGUUCCUGUACAGUCUUACAACUUCUUAGGAGAUGAGUGCGACUCUGCUGUCGAGAUCCUGGACUCCUGCAUGAGUUGGAAAUGGAAUUUGCUUGUGGAUUUGUUUAUAUCUCACCACCUGUGAGUCAGAAGGACAGCCAGCGGCCCAAUGUCUUCAAACGUUCAGCGCUUCUACCUCCAACCACCUGGAUCAGGCCGCGCACCUCUCCACCUCCUCCCCCUUCUCAACCAGCAGACGUCAAACCCUCAGCCAUCCAAAAUGCUGAAGAAAGGAAGGAGGACGUACCAGGUCCUUUUUAUGAGAACGCAGAAUUUCAUUGUGAAUCAGCGGCAUCUUCUCAAGCUGUGUCUUCACAACCAAGUCGAAAGAAAGCUCUGCUUCCACCUCACAUGAGACCUGCCGUCAGAAGCCCGUCUCCUUCAUCAACCAACAGUCAUACAUUUCACUAUGAGCUCCCAAAAGAUCCAGAUCUCCCAGCACCUUUCUAUGAGCCUCUUGAAGAAACAAGGAAUUCAACAGCUCACACUACAAGUACUCCACACCAAACACCAACCCGACAUAUGAACAUGCCAGAGUAUGUGGAGGUCCUACCAUCAAGACCCUCAGUCUCCUCUCCAACAUCACCGCAGUCCAAUAAGUCCUUGGCUUCACCUGAAGAUAAAGGACCCCUCCCUGGCAACCCCAACGUGCUGCUGGUCAGUGUGGGGAAACUGUUAUCAGAGGAGGAAGAGGAGCUGACGCCGGGACAACCCAGCUUCUGCAGUCAGUGUGGAAGCUACCUGGACAGCAGCAACAACACCAAGGUGGAUGUGUGUUACUUUUGCGGGUCGCCGGAUUUGAACAUUCCUCCACCGGCACCAAAGGGUCCCCAGCACAGGCUGUUUUUGCUGAACCCUGAUGAAGAGCCAUGCAGUGUCACAGAGACUCUGCUUCUCUUCUGCAUCGACAUCUCAGGCUCUAUGAGCAUGACGUCACAGGUGUCAGACGGUGAGAACGUCGUCCACAAAUCCCGUCUGGAGUUCGUCCAGGAAGCCGUGCUGCAGUGUGUUUGGAGACUGAUGACUCAACAGCCAGACAUUCGAGUGGGACUUAUCACCUUCAACCAUCAGGUGACAUUACACGGAUACGACAAGGAAUCUUCAUACUCACUGGCAGGCGAGGAGCUGAGGGAUGUCGACUUUCUGAAGGAGGCUGCGGUCACUUUCCCCAGUCCUCCCCCGCUGUCCCAGACCCAGGACCUUCUACAGACACAAGUUAGAGGUUUGUCUGAAAGUGGUACCACAGCUCUGGGUCCUGCUGCACUCCUGUCUAUCGCCAUGGCCUCCAGACACCAGGGGUCAAAGGUGAUCAUCUGCACCGACGGGAAGGCCAACAUAGGCGUGGGGAACUUAGAGGAAGAAGACCUGGAUGCUCGGACGCUCCUCUCCUCCACCAUAUUCUACCAGGAGCUCGGGGAGUAUGCCGCCAAUCAUGGUGUGACAGUGUCCGUGUUGUCCAUCGAGGGAACAGACUGCAGGCUGGAUGAACUUGGACGACUGGCAGAUCGCACCGGAGGCAAAGUCGUAGUGGCGAGUCCCAACAUGCUGCACCCGGAAUUUGAACAGAUCAUUGAGAACAGGACGAUAGCUACUCACUGUAGUGUUACACUGAUGCUACCAAAACUACUGAGAAUGAAAGGAGAGAGAGAGGCUGCACACAAGGGAACCAGAGAGGUGGGAAAUGUGGACAUCGAUACAGAGAUUACCUUCCAGUUUGCACCAAAUGAACAUGAGACCCAAGUUAUAGCCCCACCAGCAGGCAGCCAGGUGUCUGUCCAGCUGCAGGUGCAAUACAGACGGAGGAAUGGAGAGAGAAUCCUCAGAGUGUUAAGUGCGAACAGGGAAGUGACCUAUGACAGCUCAGUGGCUCUGUCUUGUCUUUCUCUGGCCAUCAUUCAGCUGAACUCAUCUCAGGCCAGCGCUGCUCUGGCCGUCAGAGGCCGCUUCCUGGACGCCCAGAAGGAAGGAGAGCAGCAGAGGAAGCUGAUCGAGAGAGCCAUAAAACAUAAUCGCAGUGCGGAGGACAAACAGACGUAUCAUGAUUGGGUAAAGACCAUGGAGCCGAUAUAUUCCAACAUAUACAACUUCACGAGGAAGAACUGUGUCAUCUCAGACUCCCAGUCUCUGACGGAUGCUGGAGCAGCUCUGCUGUACGCCAUGAAGCGCUGCAAUAGGAAAAGCAUUUCAUUAAAGAAGAGACAACGGCUGUAAACAGGAAGCAGAAACAUGUGUUUUUGUGGUUAGGAGAUGAAAAAUCUCAGUAUUUCUAAAGUUUACAAGAAGAGUUGUGAUGUCAUCAGCGAAUAUUUCAUCUUCUUACCUGACUGAAAUAUGACCGGAAACCAAAGUUGUUUGAUCACAUAUUUCAUUUUCAGACUCUGGGCCAGACAGUGACUACUAGAAUUAAGAGUACACUUCUAGUGCAUUUUUUUUGUUUUAUCAUCCAUCCGUUUUCGCAAUUGUAAUGGUGGGAAAAGCUGUUAUGUAGAAUUUUAGACCAAUCUUGGCAUUUGUAAAAACAAAAUAAAUUAAAAUCCAUUUAAAA